AUGGACUCUACCGUCAAAUACCUGCUCUCGCUGGGUGCCAUUAGGGACCGUGCCAAAAUCGUCGGACAGGCCGCAAAGGACGGGAACCUCAAUCACUUCGAUAUUAAUGAGGGCAAGCUGGACGAUGUUGCGGACUUCGUGACAUCUGUCAUCAAGCGUGACUACGGCCCGGACAAGUUUCACACCAUCCCACCACACGGACGCUGGCAGCAUUUCGAGGUCGGCAAUGUACCUAGGAUUGCCGAUCUACUCGAGGACUGGAAGAAGUUUGGCAGCGAUGACAAGGAGCUCACGAGACGGCUUAUUGACCUCUUCUUUGUAUCGGUUCUCCUGGAUGCCGGUGCUGGCGACCACUGGGAAUACGUUGAGCCCGGCACAGAACGAUCGUACGAGCGAAGUGAGGGUAUCGCUGUGGCCAGUCUGUAUAUGUUCCUUGGAGGCGGAUACACGGGCGAGGAAGGUAGCCUUCCGCUUGUAGAUGGCAAAGGAUUGGCUCAACUGUCGACCAAGGCGCUCGCCAAAGGUUUACAAGUCACAGACAGCAACCCCAUGUUAGGAGUUGAGUCCAGAGCCAAUCUGCUUAGAGAGUUAGGUAAAUCACUUCUCGCACACCCUGACAUCUUUGGUGACACAGGCCGUCCAGGAAACGCCGUUGAUUACUUAUUGAAGUCCGCUAGCGACUCCUCAACUCUCGAUAUCCUCAGUUUCUGGGACCUCCUGCAGACUCUGCUCAUUCCGAUCUGGCCACAAGAUCGCACAACAAUCAAUGGCGCACCCAUAGGCGAUGCUUGGCCACUCAGUGCAUUAGCAAAGCAAGGCGGCAGUUCGUUUGAUCACAACAAAGUCGAUCCUGGGCUCAUACAGCCGUUCCACAAGCUGACACAGUGGCUUACUUACUCUCUGAUGGUCCCAUUCCAGCGCAUCCUCAAUGUCAAGUGGAUCAACGCCGAAUCACUGACAGCACUGCCCGAGUACCGUAACGGAGGCCUAUUCGUGGACAUGGGCGUGCUCUCACUCAAGGAAGCCACCCUCAAUGCAGGCCUGAGGGCAUCUGAAGGGUCCCUUCCUUCAUUUGCGGCUGGCGACGAUGUAAUAGUCGAGUGGCGAGCUAUGACGCUUGUGCUGAUCGACAAACUGUAUCCCAUGAUCUUGUCUCGAAUGGAUGGUGCACAGCUAAGUAUGGCGCAGCUCCUUGAGGCUGGAACCUGGAAGUCCGGUAGAGAGACGGCUGCGAAGCUUCGACCAGCGACGAAGUCGAGUCCAAUCAUCAUUCAGAGUGACGGCACUGUCUUUUGA